CACGCUAAUACCUUUUUCUUCCAACCUCCAUCAUCGAAAGGUCAAAAAGCUUUUCAAAAAAUCAGAAAAAAAUACUGUUCAAAAAAGCAGUUGUUAUUUUCUCUAUCUAGUUCGCAGAAAAGUUCACAAAGCAGUAACGACCCCCUAAAUCGUAUAUAAAAACCACAAUGUCCGCUUCGCCUGCCGUUGCCCCCGCCCAAGAGGCCACGCUGCCCGCCCCAGAGGCCGCACCCGCACCCGCCCAGGCGCCGGUCCCCGCUCCCCCCGCUGCUGCUGCGCCCAGCUACAACCCGCCGCCUCAGACCUCGAUGUCCGCCCCAUCCGCCUCCCUCUAUGUUGGAGAGCUCGACCCUACCGUCACCGAGGCUAUGUUAUUCGAGAUUUUCAACAUGAUUGGUCCCGUGGCGAGCAUCCGUGUUUGUCGCGAUGCUGUCACCCGUCGCUCACUUGGUUAUGCUUACGUGAACUACCUGAACGCUGCGGAUGGUGAGCGCGCUUUGGAGCAGCUCAACUACUCUCUCAUCAAGGGGAAGGCUUGCCGUAUCAUGUGGUCUCAGCGCGACCCUGCCCUCCGUAAGACCGGUCAAGGCAACAUUUUCAUCAAGAACCUCGACGAGGCCAUCGACAACAAGGCUCUUCACGAUACCUUUGCAGCUUUCGGUAAUGUCUUGUCGUGCAAGGUCGCGACGGACGAGCUAGGCCGCUCCAAAGGCUACGGUUUCGUUCACUACGAGACUGCUGAGGCUGCCGAAACCGCCAUUAAGGCCGUCAACGGAAUGCUUCUCAACGAUAAGAAAGUUUACGUCGGCCAUCACAUUUCCAAGAAGGAACGUCAAGCCAAGAUUGACGAACAAAAGAAACAAUUCACUAACAUCUACGUGAAGAACAUCGAUCUCGAAGUCACGGACGAGGAGUUCAGGGAGCUUUUCACUAAGUUUGGCCCUGUUACCUCUGCAGUUCUUCAGAAGGACGAGGAGGGCAGGAGCAGGGGCUUCGGUUUCGUCAACUACGAGAAUCAUGACGACGCUCAGAAGGCUGUGGAGGCACUGCACGAUUCCGAGCUCAAGGGCAAGAAGCUCUACGUGUCUCGCGCGCAGAAGAAGGCCGAGCGUGAAGAGGAGCUACGUAGGUCGUACGAGCAGGCGAAGAUGGAGAAGUUGAGCAAGUACCAGGGAGUCAACCUCUACAUCAAGAACUUGGAAGACGACAUUGACGACGAGCGUCUCCGCUCUGAGUUUGAGCCUUUCGGCACUAUCACUAGUGCCAAGGUCAUGCGGGACGAGAAGGGACAGUCCAAGGGCUUUGGUUUCGUCUGCUUCUCUUCUCCGGACGAGGCCACGAAGGCCGUUGCGGAGAUGAACAAUAAGAUCAUUGGUUCCAAGCCCCUGUACGUCUCCCUCGCCCAGCGUCGCGAGAUCCGCAGGCAGCAACUGGAGAGCCAGAUUGCUCAGCGCAACCAGAUUAGGAUGCAGCAGUUGGCUGCUGCUGGCCUUCCUGGUGGUUACCCCAACGGACCCAUGUACUACCCUCCUGGCCCUGGUUACCCUCCUCAGGGCGGUCGUGGUAUGAUGGGCUAUGGCCAGCCGGGUAUGAUGCCUCCUCGUCCCCGCUACCCCAACGGCGGGCAGCCGGGUAUGCCUAUGCCUGGACCUUACGGGCAAGUCCCUCAGGGUUACGGUAUGCCCGGAUACCCUCGCGCGCCUCCUCGUGGUCCUCCUGCUCCUCGUGGUCCCGGAGAGGCCGGUGCUCCCCCUGCUGGCCGCGGCGCCAACGGUGUUCCUCCUCCAGUCAACGGUGCUCCUAGGCCAGCCGGCGCUGCAGGCGCCCCUGCCGGACGGCCUGCUGCGGUCCCGGCUGGUGCACCUGCUGGCGCUGCCCGUCCCCAGGGAUACAAGGGCAAUGCGCAGGGCCGACCUGCUCCUGCUGGUCAACCUGCUCCAGCUGGUGCACCGCAACUUGAUGGCCUGCCGACGAUCUCGCCCGCUACACUGGCGAACGCACCUCCGAUGGAGCAGAAGCAGAUGCUCGGCGAGGUGUUGUACAUGAGGAUUGCUCCUGCUGCUGGGGAGCUUGCUGGCAAGAUUACUGGUAUGCUUCUCGAGAUGGACAACAGCGAGCUUCUGCACCUCUUGGACGCCCCGGACGCGUUGAACGCCAAGGUGGCCGAGGCUAUGAUCGUCUUGCAGGAAUACCAGUCGAAGGAGGAUGAGCAGAAGGCUCAGUAAACGGGUCACGGCUGUGAUGGGUAUGAUGCGUAGUGGUGGGCGCUCGCUUGGGUUGUGCAGCUUUGUUCUCUUCGACGCUAUCUUCGGUCCGUGCUGUGUUCGUCGACGGUUCCCUGUUCUCGCAUUGCAUCUUGCUACUUGCUUCAUAUCUCCGUAGUAGUGGGGGGUCUUACCUUUGUGUACUUGCGACAGAAUAGAGAGAUUCAGCUGCU